AUGGGUAGAAAAUUCUGGUGCCUUUUCGUGCUCGCGCUCCUAUUAUGUGCGUCCAUCCACGCCACCGACGCGAAGAAAAAGAAAAAGGUAGUAGUGGAGGAAGAGGAGGCAGCAGAUGAGGGAAGCGCCGCGGUUGAGCAGAGCGACGAGGGCGACGCAGAAGAGAAAACGACCACCAAAGCCUCCAAAGCAGACGCUGAAGCGUCAGAUGAUGAAGACGCAGAGCCGCCUGCGAAACCCUUAAAGUCGUCUAAGGCCAGCAAGAUUAAGAAGGCAGCGGAGGAGGAGGAGGGGGAGGAGAAGGAGGAAGCUGCAGCAGACGCCGAGGAGGCCGAUGCCGCUCCUUCGAAAAAGGUGAAGUCUGCGAAGAAAGCGAGCGAUGACGAAGAGGAGGACGCAGACGCUGCGCCUGUCGCUAAGAAAAAGGCUGCAGCGGACGACGAGGAAGCUUCCGCUGAAACGGAGGACGAAGAGGAAGCUCCUGCUGCGAAAAAGGCGCCUGCAGCGAAAAAGAAGGCUGCAGCCGCGGAUGAGGAAGGUGGGGAAGAGGAAGCAGCCGAGGAGGAGGAUAAGCCUAGCAAGGCCGCUGUAGCUAAGGCCGCCAGCGCUAAGGAAGCAGAUUCCGAGGAGGAGGGGGAAGCAGAGGGCGAGAAGGUUACGGCGACUGAAGCCGAUGAGGAGACACCGAAAGCUGCCAAGGGCGGCGUCGCGGCUGUGUCUAAGGAGCCUCCUACGGAGUCGCCGAAAGUCCCAGCCACGGCAUGGAAGUCGAAAAACCAGACGCGCGACGACAUUGAUCCGCAAGGUGCUUGCAAGAGGGACAUCGCGCUCCACUGCCAGGGGAUCACGCCCGGCGAGGCUCAGCUGUCGCUGUGCCUCGUCUUCCACAUCAAGAACGAGAAGGCCGGCAACGAAGUCGCCACGAUCAUGGUGUCCAAGAAGUGCCGCGCGGAGAUCCGGCAGUUCCGAUCCGACAUGUACAGGGACCUCUCUAUGGACAAGGCCAUGUCGACGGCCUGCAAGGCGGACAUCACCAAGUUCUGCGACGACGACUUCCUCUAUCCGGAACCCGGAAACAUCAUCGCUUGCCUCAGGGAGGUGAAGCAGGUGGAGAAGCUGCAGGACGCGUGUCUGGCGGAGGUGCUGCGGCACCAGAUGGAGGCGGCGGACGACUUUGUGAUGGACCCGCAGCUGCGCGAGCUCUGCAGCGGCGAGGCCGACCGCCUCUGCAAGGGCGUCGAGCCCGGGGAAGGCCGCAUUCAGAACUGCCUGAGGGAGCACCGUGCGAAGCUGGCGUGGGAUUGUCAGGCGGAGCUGUUCCGCCAGGAGGUGGAGAACGCCGAUGACAUCCGCCUCAACGUCCGCCUCUUCCAAGCGUGUCUGAACGACCAGCGCAAGUUCUGUGCGGAUUUCUCCCCUGGCUGCAAGACGGAGUUUGAGGGGAUGAUGGCGCGGAGGGCCACGGACUUCAGGCUGGACUCGCGCCUGCGCAAGUACUGCAAGGGCGACAUUGCCGAGAUCUGCUACCCUGACGCGGAGGACAUAUCAGACGUGGCAAACUACGAUGCCAAGGUGAUCCAGUGUCUGCAGGACUACCGCGAUGAGCUUAAGGACCCCAAGUGCAAGGCGCAGGUGCACAAGCUCACUGAGAGGGAGAUCGACAUCCGCUUCAACAAGCCCCUCUCCGACGCCUGCCAAACUGAUCGCACCACGGUGUGCAAGGACGCACCAGACGGGCAGGCGUCGGUGUUCAUGUGCCUGCAGGACCACAUGCCGCAGCUCAAGGAGGCCUGCCGCAACUCUGUCUUUGAGCAGUUGGUGCGCAUGGCGGAGGACAUAGACUUCAAGUUUCCCAUGAAGAAGGCGUGCCAGUCGGAGCUUGACAAGUUCUGCAAGGACGUGCCGCACGGCCACGCCUCACGUAUCAAGUGUCUGCAGGACCACAUUGACGAUGCUGACUUUGGGGAGGCAUGCCGCAAGGAGGUGCAGUCUGACCUCGUGCGAUCGGCACAAGGUGAGGGGUCACUGGGAUGUGCGACAACUUGA